AUAAUAAAUAUAAAUAAAUAGAAAUUUUAUAGAUAAAUGGUGUGUAUUUAAUUGUUUGUUUUUUUUUAAUUGUAAAUUGAAUAAUUAAAUAUAUUUUAAUUGUAAAUAAUGGCGAGAUAUUCGAGUGAUUCUGAUUCUGACAAAAGUGCUGGAAAAUACAGAAAAAAACAUUACAGAAAAUCAAGAUCAAGUAGUUCAGAUUCAAGUGACAGUUCACCACAUCGAAAAAGAACUUUGAAAUCAUCAAAAUCGAAACGUCGUCAUCGUUCACGUUCAAAAAGUCGUGACACAUCAAGAAGUUCUAAAAAUUAUAGAUCAUCAAAAGCUAGUUCAAAGGACAGAGAUAGACGUAGAUAUAAAAAUAAAAAUAGUAAAUCAAUAUCACCAGAUAGAUAUAGAAAAAAAGUACGUUCUGUAUCAAGAGAAAAAUCAACAAGUAGAUCAAGCAGCUCACAAUCAUAUGCAAAGUCAACAAAUGAUGUUAAAACAUUUAAUUUUCAUGUAAAAGAUGAUUUUGCAAUUGAGCCAAGAAUUAAAGAAAGUAUUUUGGAAGAAAUAAAUGCUGAUGGUUUUGCACCAAGACAAUUUACACCAUCAACACAAAUUAAAGAUAAAAAAUCUAAUAAUAAAAAUAUACUUAUUGAUAUCACAUCAAAUACCAUUCAAGUACCAAGUGCACCUAAAAAAUCUGGACUUGAUGAAAGUAUUUUUCAUUACUCGAUUUCAAUGGACCAAGAUUUACGUUUCGAUAAAUGGGUUAAAAAAUUAUACAAUUUACGACAAAAAGCACUUGCUGAAUCAUUAUCAAGUGUUACUUGACAAUUAAAAAAAAUUAAAAUUAUAAAUGUCAAUUGAUAAAUUAAAUCAAAUACAUAAUUUUGUGAAUUUUAUUUUAUUUUAUUUAUUUAUUUAUCAUUUUACAACAAGUUUUUAUUUUUUAUUUUUAAACACUCAUAAAUUCUUAUUGUAAUAUUUUACUUUCUUAUAAAUUGUAAUAUUUUUUUUUUUUUUUUUCGUGACAUUUAUUUACCAACAAAUAAAAAAAAUUAAGAAUAAUUAAAUUUGUUUAUUAAUUAUUCAUAUUUUUUAUUCAUUAUUGAUUGAUUUUUAUAUUAAUUUUUUUUUUUAGUUGAACCAAUCAUCAUGAAUAUUUUUAUAAGAUUUUUAUAGGGUAAUAUUAAAAGAUAUAUUAUCCAUCGUAAUUUGAAAAUUUUUACUUCCAUCUGGAUGCAGCAUGUCGUAUAUCUUAGCUGACAAAGGCCAAAGUUCGUUCUGGAUGUUGUUGUCUUCCGCCACAGGUGCACCUGAAAUUAAAAUUAAAAAAAAAUAUUUUAAUUAAAAUUAAAAAAAAAUAUUUUAAUUAAAAUAUUUAAAAUAAAAUUACACACAAAGCCAAACAAAAAAAAAAAUUAACCAGAUACUUGUAAAGAAAAAAAUUAAUAAAUUAAUCAAAAGUUAAAAAUAAAUGCCACUCCUUGAU